UCUGUUUUCUGUUUACAAGCCUGAAGAUGGCUGCUGCUUCUUCCUGCAAUGUGGAAGAAGAUGAGAGCCUGAAGGGGUGUGAACUCUAUGUUCAGAAGCACAACAUCCAACAGAUUUUAAAAGAGUGCAUUGUAAACCUUUGCAUAGCAAAGCCAGACCGACCCAUGAAGUUCCUGAGAGAACACUUUGAAAAAUUAGAAAAGGAAGAAUGCAAACAAAUACUGGCUCGGCAGAAAUCUAGUUCCCAGUCUGAUUCUCAUGAUGAUGAGAUUUCCCCUCCUCCUCCCAACCCAGUGGUAAAAGCCCGACGCAGGAGAGGGGGGGUCAGUGCAGAAGUGUACACGGAGGAGGAUGCUGUUUCUUACGUCAGAAAG